AUGUCAAAAGACGACGCGGGGUUAUUGAGUUUCGCAGCGAAACUGGCGCCAGAGCCAAACACAAUUCGAGUAUUUGAACGUGCAGACGACUAUGUUACUGUAGGAGACGAGGCCGCUCAAGUGGCGCAAAUUGUGUACAAAACUUCAUCGGCACUUAAGCGAUCAACUCCUGAUGGCCCGGCUAUAUGCACCAUGAACGGGUCACUGCUAGCCAAUUUCCUGAAAGAAGCUCUUCAGAAUCUCGGUCUGCGUGUAAUAUUUUAUUCUUCUGCUUCUGGGUCACGUACCAAUUGGCAAAUCAGUAAGGAGGCGUCUCCCGGCAAUUUGCAGGAAGUUGAGGAUCUGAUUGGAACAAGCUACGACCAGAAUCCAGUGAUCAUCGCCGUCAAAGUUCAGAAUGGUCCGAACCAAACUCGCGUUAUUGGAUUCAGUUUUAUCGACACCAGCAGCCGAGAAUUGGGGCUCUCUCAGUUUGUCGAUAACGAUUUAUUCAGCAACUUUGAGUCUCUGGCUAUUCAGUUAGGCGUUAAAGAAGCUUUGAUUGUGGAUGAUGCUAGUCAGGAUACGCAAAAAGUGACUGCACUGCUUUCCAGGCUCAAUAUUCUUGCAAGCACGCGCAAGUCUUCGCAGUUCUCAUCAAAAGAUGUUGCUCAAGAUCUGGAAAGGUUGACCGGAAAGACUGGGCUGGAACUUGCAAAAGAACUGUCUUUAGAAGCGGCAGUAGGUUCCGCAGGUGCUCUCAUCAAAUAUCUCAGUUUGAUGGCCCAUACCGGUGAUUAUGGGCAGUACAAACUGACCACUCACGAUCUUUCACAAUACAUGAGACUAGAUGCUUCUGCCAUCAAAGCUCUGAAUAUCAUGCCAGGUCCACGCGAUGGCUCAAAAACAAUGUCUCUAUUUGGUUUACUGAAUCGCUGCAAAACCACCUCAGGCGUUCGGACUCUCGCCCAAUGGCUAAAACAGCCGCUGAUGGAUCACCAAGAAAUCACUGCCCGUCACGACUUGGUACAGGGCUUUAUUGAAAAUUCAAUUACCCGUCAGACUCUUAGAGAUGAUUUGUUUCUGGUUGUCCCUGAUUUGGGCAAGAUCUCUCGGAAGUUUUAUCGCAAUAUUGCCAAACUAGAAGAUGUGGUGCGCGUGUACCAGUUGGCUAUCAGGCUAAACGACUUUAUUGACUGCUUGUCUGAUAUGUCUGACGUUCCUGGGAUUGAGCAUUAUUACGUUGGGCCUCUAAAGACUGCCAACGAGCAGUUCGCCAAGUUCGCUGAAUUGGUCGAGACGACCGUCGACCUGCAGGCCCUUGAACGCAAUGAAUAUGCUGUCAAUCCUGCAUUCGACGAUCGUCUGCAAACAAUCAAGGGCCGCAAAGAACAACUAAUUAACGAAAUUAAAAGAGAGCAGUCAGAUAUCGGCCGCCAGCUCGGAAUGGAACCGGAUAAAAAGCUCAAACUUGAAGAGCACCAUGUAUAUGGAUGGUGCUUGAGGUUGACGAGAACCGAUGCUUCUUGCUUGAGAAAGCAUUCUGGAUUCACCGAACUGGCUACACUGAAAGCUGGCACAUACUUUUUGAAUCGAAAGCUUCGCGAGUUGAACAACGAGUACAGUGAUCUCAGCACUGAAUAUCGCAAAACACAAAGCACAUUGGUUAAAGAGGUGGUCGAGAUUGCAGGUACCUAUACUCCCAUUCUUGGACCCUUGGGUAUUUGUUUAGCGCACCUCGAUGUCAUAGUGUCGUUUGCUGAAGCCAGCCAAUUCGCACCACUGCCCUACGUUCGCCCCACAAUGCAUCCCAGACACGAGGGAAAUAUCACACUUAAGCAGGCGCGGCACCCUUGUAUGGAAGCUCAAUCUGAUAUGCGGUUUAUUCCGAAUGACGUCGAGCUGAAGCGAGGGUCAAGCGAGUUCCUUAUUAUUACCGGCCCUAAUAUGGGUGGCAAGUCAACAUAUAUUCGACAGAUUGGCGUCAUAUGCCUGAUGGCCCAGAUCGGCUGCUUUGUGCCCUGUUCUGAAGCAGAGCUAUGCAUUGUCGACUGUGUUCUGGCCAGGGUGGGAGCUGGUGAUUCUCAGCUCAAGGGCAUUUCAACUUUUAUGGCCGAAAUGCUUGAGACUGCCUCUAUUCUCAAAACAGCGACAAAAGAGAGCUUGAUUGUCAUUGAUGAGCUUGGGCGAGGAACAUCUACUUACGAUGGCUUUGGUCUGGCUUGGGCUAUUUCUCAACACAUCGUAGAGAAAAUCGGCUGCUUUACUCUGUUUGCUACGCAUUUCCACGAGCUCACCGCCUUGAGUGACAACUAUCCGCAGGUUGAAAACAUGCAUGUGCUUGCUGAAACUACAGGCAAUGAAGAGGAUAUUACACUACUAUACCAAGUUGCCCCGGGUAUCUCAGACAAGUCCUUCGGUAUUCAUGUCGCAGAGGUCGUUUCAUUCCCGGAAAAAGUCAUCCGUAUGGCUAAACGCAAGGCUGAAGAACUAGAAGAGCUUGAGGGGGCUCACAACCUCACCCAGGAUGACAUUGUCGACGGCACAAAGCGGCUGAAGCAGGCGCUGCAGACAUGGGCUCAGAAAGCACCCGACGACGAAGGCGCGGCUGCUAAACUGCUACGCGAUAUGAUCGAGGACCACCGCUCUGAAUUCGAGCAGCAACCGUUCCUCAAACAAGUACUUGAAUGUCUGUAA